AGCCACGUUGUUUGAUCAUGUCGAGUUGGUUGAAUAUCUUAUUUCAAAGGAAGCAGAAAUUGACUGCAUUGACUGUAAGGGACUGUCUCCUAUGCUGAUGGCCUCCAGAUGCGGUGCUUGGAAAACAGUUGCGUUUUUGCUGUCAAUUGGUGCCAAUUUCAGAAUCAAAGACAAAGUAGGUCGCAACUUCCUCCACUUUGUCGUUCUUCAACCAAAAGGGCUGAAAAAUCUUCCUGAGACAGUCUUACAGAGCAACGCCGUGAAGGAGAUGUUGUCUGGUGAGGAUGUUGAAGGCUGCACUCCUCUGCACUACGCCUGCAAACUUGGCAUCCACGAUUCGGUCAAAAAUAUGCUGGGUCUUAAUAUCUUUGUGGGUCAAAAGUCACGGGAGAAGAAAUCAGCGCUUCACUUCGCUGCAGAAUAUGGGCGUACAAACACAUGUAAAAGGCUGCUGGAGACCCUCACAGACUCUAAAAUGCUGAACGAUUGGGAUGAAAAGGGUCUGACGCCCCUCCAUCUUGCUUCAAUGGCAGGACACACUCAAGUUGUGGAGCUGCUGCUCAGGAGUGGUGCGCUGUUUCAAAGUGAUUACAAAGGCUGGUCCUGUUUACAUCAUGCUGCGGCUGAGGGAUACACACAGACAAUGAAAAUCCUCCUGGCAGCCAAUGUCAAACUUCUGGACGAAACAAAUGAGGAUGGGAAAACAGCCCUUCACAUAGCUGCACAAGCGGGACAUGUAGGUGCUGUUUUGCUGUUAUUGGACAGGGGAGCUGAAAUCACUCUCAACAAUGCUGACAACUCUUUUUUACAUGAAGCUGUGCGUAAUGAGAAAAAAGAUGUAGUGAAUGCUGUCAUUGAAAGCAGUAACACCGGACCCGUUCGGUGUCGAUCAUUCCCCUCUAAGGACCGGAUACGUGUGCUUUCCUGCUUCUCAGUUCAGCUCCCCAUGGUGAACCCUGUUGGAGUUUCACAUGUGUACUCUUCCACGGCCAUGGUGCGGUACAACCGUCUGGAGCUCCUCACUCACCCCGUGAGCCAAAAAUAUCUGGAGAUGAAGUGGAAGGCGUAUGGAAGCAAGGUUCAUUUGCUGAACCUGGCUGUCUACCUGCUUGGCUUGUUGCCCCUCACAUACCUCAUCCUCAAUCUGAGACCGAAGCAGGAUGUUUUUGGAAACAAUACAUCUGUCAUCAUGGUGCCCGUAUCUUUUAGAGAGCACCUUCUGGACCGGUGUAUUUUAGAAUCUGAUCAUGAUGCCAACAGUCCGGAUUAUCAUAUCAAGUAUGGUUUUCAGUGGCUUCAGGCUCCAAUACAGUCAAUGAAGUAUGCUAAAGCAGACAAAGCAAUGAAGUGCCAACCUUUAGCUGCUAUGAACCGAAUAAACUACUUCACGGACUUCUCUAACCCUGCUGACUGGGGUGCAGCUAUUAGCUCUUUAGUCUUUGUCUUUCCCAUGUGCUUCAAUCUAGAGAACACAUGGCAAUGGGAGGCUGGAGCUUUCGCCAUUCUGACUUCAUGGAUCGCUUUCCUGCUCUACUUUCAGAG